GUAAGAAAUAGAAACAGCAAUAUUAAUAAACAAAUAGCGGCCUCACCUAUGACUUCAUCAACGGCGCAGAUGGCGAUGGAGGCGGCAUCUGUGCAAGAUGCCAUCGCUGCCGCCAUGCCUGGAGAGGAGGGAGAUGCGUUGGAGAUUGUGCGGAUGCACAAGCAACAGAUGGAGGAGAUUCAUACUGCGCUUAUUCAACAUAGGCCCAAUCUACCAGCAGAUCUCCUAGAGGAGGGUGAGGAGUUGGUUAGUGGUUGGGACGCGGAGCUCCAUGCAGAUCUUUCGUCUCAAUGGCCGGGCGCGAUUGAGAAGGCGCAGGUGAUGGUGGAGUUGGGUGGUUGUGCUGAAGUGCUUAAGAAAGUGAGGAGAAUCUUUGAUGAACUCAGGGAGGAGCUGUAUGGGAGUUUGAGGUGUGAUGAUGUGAAAGGGUGCUGCUGCGAGGGGCCUGAGGAGGAGCAGGAGAUGCGCACUAUGUCACAAGAUUGUUCGUAUGUAGCAGAGGGGGUACUUCGCCGUGGGAGGCUUGAGGAGGGGCAGGGCUCUUACAGCGAACUGGAGGAGCGCAACAACGAUGUGAGUAUGAUCGGCAGUCAUCUCAACACCAACUUCAGCACAGAGAGCAACGACAUCGCCGACGAUGAUAAUUAUAAUAUCAAUGGGCAUAACAAUGAUGACGACAAUAAUGGUGACAAUUACUUCGAAGUGAGCAAUAUUGUUGCCGAUGAUAAUAACAACAACAUCAAUAUUAGCAAGGAGGGGCAGGAGCUUCACACCACGUCGCAGGAUCAUUCGUAUGACGCUGAUAACGCUUGUGUCUCAGCCACUCUCGUUAUUGAGGAGGUUGUAACUUCCCACGGGGAGCUUGAGGAGGGGCAGGUUUCUUGCGGCGAACCAGAGGUGCGUUCGUUGGUGGGUGAUGGGGAUUGCCCUCGGUGGGGAGGAGGGAGUAUCGUUAUGUCCGAUAGCUAUGACAACGAACUUACCAUGUCUGUGGCACAGGGCGAUAACAACGACAACGACAACAACAACAACAACAACAGUGAUUGCAAUAGGAUUAUUGACGACGAGCUUACGUUGUGUGUGGCGUGGGGUGGGAAAAAUCAACAGUAAUAAUGAUACUGCGUGCAGCGGGGGAACGGGAGGACAGCCUUUCAACUGCUGCGCGCCACAAAACGAUGACGAUCUCAAAUAUAACGAUGACAACAAUGAUCUUGCCGGUCACAAUACGGCUGGGGUUUACAACGAUUGUGGCAACAGUUUUAACGAUGACAGUACAACCGGCGAUAAAAAGAGCAAGAAAGA